AAUAUUUUUCAGAAUGUCAAAAGAUUAUUAAAGAAAACAUACCGCCACUCUCACUGUUCAUAAUAGGAGGAGAAAUGGCGAAUCUCGGAGAAUUUCCACACAUGGUAGCACUAGGAUAUCCUAACAAUAGUCCAGACGACUACAAAUUUAUAUGUGGUGGAUCUUUAAUAUCGAAGAAUUUUGUUCUUACUGCGGCUCACUGCGUUGAAAAUGUCGACAGACAGGUACCAUCCAUGGCUCGAAUGGGUGUAGUAGAUAUCGGAAGCAGUGAAUGGAACUAUAAAACGGAUAUGAGAAUAACAGAAAUAAUCAAACAUCCUGACUACAAGAGUAGUCAGAAAUAUCACGAUUUGGCACUUCUCAGGUUAGAAGCGUCUAUUGAGAUACGACCAAAUUUAAGUCCUAUCUGUCUGUAUACCGAGGAGGAAGAUCCUUCCAUACCCUUAACUAUAACAGGCUGGGGUACUACUAGCGCCACCAGAGACAUGAAGAGUCAAAUUUUACUGAAAGCAAACGUGAGUAUCGUCCCUAGAAGUCGCUGCAAGGAUUCCUACAAAAAUUGGUUAAAAUUGCCGAAACUAAUUACCGAUGAUCAAAUCUGUGCUGGCGACCCAGAUGGACUUCAUGAUGCUUGCCAGGGAGAUUCCGGAGGUCCCUUACAAGCUCUACCAUAUCGCGAUGGUUUCUAUCGACUAAUUGGUAUUACUUCUUUUGGUCGAGGGUGUGGUUCCACCGAGCCUGGAGUAUAUAUACGCGUCGCGAAAUACCUCGAUUGGAUCGAGAGUGUUGUAUGGCCAAAUGAGUUAAUCUAAAAUAUCGUUAAUUGCCUAAAUUUAAUUCACGAAUAGUCAUUAAUUAAUAUUAGUACAAAAAUGUAUUUAUUAAAUUUAGAAAUCAAUGUUUCUAUUAAAUAUACUUUUUAA